AUGGCGGAUCAUCGAAGGUCGAGAUCGGUGUCUGUUGUUCGAUUAUCGCAGUCUCUGCCUCCAUUGCCGGGCUCUCCAGACGCCAUUGCCUUCCAAACACUCGCACCAUAUCGGGAUGAGCCGGAGCAAGAACAACAAUCGGGGGAGGACGAGGAGGACGAGAGCAAAGCGAUGACAACGCCCAGAGCUCCAGAUUCUCAACCCCCAGAGUACGAACCUAUGUAUGACUACCUACGGUCAAAGACACCCGAAGCCCCCCAAGCAUACGGCACAUCACCGCCUCACGGCCUGUGCCUGGUCGUCGGGCCAGCACCACAAGAACCAUACCGAGAUGAACCGCUUCAAGAGCCCGACGACGAUUCCCAACAUCCUCCACCGUCAUACCAGGAUUUAUACCGGGAACGCGAACGCGAUAUUGAGCUGGGUAACUUGGAAAGGGAGUUGGGCCUGGCAGAUUCGGAUCCCCAGGAACAAGUGGAGGAUAUAUUCAAAUGGCUUGUUGCCAUGCUGAUCAUUAUCCUAACGCUCGCCGCUGUGGCCACGGCGUUCAACGUGGGAGGGCAUUUCUGA